AUGUCGUCAAUCGCAACGCUUCGCUUCGCGCACUCCCUACACGUGUCGCCGGGGAAGGUUUCGGAAGUCCGGUACUUCAGCAAUGCAGAAGAUGGGGACGUGUUCACGGACAUUCUCUUGAUUUUCCGACUGCUGCUCUACUGUCUGGGCCAAGAGCAAUGGACGCCACAAGACAACGACUUUAUCAUUCUCGUGAUGGGCAUGAGCGGUGCAGGAAAGAGCAAAGGUCGCAGGGAAACGGCAACGGAAGUUGGUCACGAUCUCAAAUCAUGUACGGCCAAGGUCCUUCCACUUGUCAUCAACCACGGGCCUUCAUUAGGUGCUUCGGGAUGCAAUGGUGAUAGUGGCCGCAGUGAUGCUCAGAUUCGGAAUUGCAUCAACUCUGAGCUUCUGAGUCUUUGGUUUUGGUCAGGCAAUGGGGUGCCUCCCGUCUUUGGGCCUUCUAGAUCGGCUGCUGAGCCGGAAUGUCCCAGUCAUCUCACCGGUCAAGGAAUCAGGGCAUAUGGACAUUCGCUUAUUCCUCAAGACUUUUGGAUUCAUUACAGGCCAGGACGUUCUAUUCGAGCGCCUUCCAUAACCACCGACAAAGUUCUUGAAGAUCUACCCCUCCCAAGGCAGGAAGGGCCCUCACUCUCUCACCGCAUGAACAGUAAUGAAGCUUCGGGGUUUGGAUGCCGGGAGACUUAUGCGUGGACGCCAAGUUGGGGCACCUCCUCGAACUUCUUUCAAAUCGCUGCUGCUCCAACAAUUUUGGAAGACAGCACCUCAAAUGGUUUCAAAUGCGAUCGGAUCCGACGGACGUCCCCAGAAGCCACCGCAAAGCUCCUCGGAUGGUCGAGGAGGCGAAGUUUAUAUUACCGCCUAUACACAACAGAAGGUCCAAUCAGGUCCAACAACCCGAUCCACGCGAACAACACAUUCAUCAGCCGCACGCUCAUUACACCUCCGCGCACAGCCUCGUCCAUGAAAAAGCGCAUCUGCAAGAUCAAGGGCUUUCGAAGUGCUGCUGCGGAGUCUUUCAAAUUGGCGGUCAAAGAGGAUCCCGGGCUCGGGUUGUCUAAGGAUGACCCGAUUGUUCUAGUGGUGCGGGUGGAAGAUGUUAAAAACCGAAAAGCGAACACAGCACAGCUGGUGGGGUUACCCGAGGCUCUACCAUUCCAUUACCGCCUCUACGACGAAGAGGGUGCAAUGACUUCUAAAACGGCGUUUGACAUGGACGACUCUUCUUUGGGUCGCAUCGGCAUGCUCUCCAUUGCGCCACCUCAAACACUCGCUUCACUGAGGUCUCUGGUCAUGAAGAUCGAGGGAUUCGUCAAUCAAAACAUCAACUGUUUGAAGACAUGGAUGGAGAGCCAGCCAAGUCCGAGAGAGGUCAAGGAAUCCCAGAACACGAAACAAAGGGACCGAAGCCUCUCGAAGCAAAUCAGGGGGGGUGCAUAUUGUUACCCAGAUAAAGAUCAAGCGGACUGGCUUCCAUUCCAGCCUAACGAGAUCAUGUAUACAGACGGCCUCAAAACAAGGCGUUACAGAGUCUCAAGUAAUAUGCUUUUCCAGACUCCGCUGGGUGAAAGGGCUUCGUCUCUGAGGCCUGGAAGUCUGACAAAUGAAGGUCUUAAAAGGUUCCCCACAUCCCAGACUUGUCUACACAAUGUCUCUCCCCUAGAACUAGUCCGAGAAAUCAUCCAUCUCCUGCUCUUCUCCGCCCCACCGCGCUCCUCGACUCCUGAAAAGCCUGGCUGUUCGAUUAAACCCAGAUGGAGCACGAUCGAUGCGCUCAGCCUCACUUCACAAAGCUACCGCGCCCUAGUGCUCGAAGCGUGGUCUCAGACUCUCUACAUCGAAUCUUCAGUAAAUCUAAUGCCUUUACGGGACUUAGGCUGGUUUCCUGAGCUGGGGAGUAAAUGGGUCAGAUGCCUUCACUGCGUCCAAUCAUACAGCAGCAGCACCAUAACUUUAUGGAACCUCUCCCCCUUCCUCCGAGUUUCCUCCAUUAGACUGGACUGGCUCUCGCAGUUUUUCACCAUCCCACUUGACUGGAACGCGCUACCCUUUGUCCACCUCUCCUCCACGGUUGAACGCUUGGCCUUGCACGGAAGGACGUAUUCCAGUGGGUCUGGGGUGACCGAACGUAUUGCUAACUCCUUUUGGCGUUUGAAGACAUUGAAGAUGGCGCAAAACAUGGUGUGGUGUGGGCUUUGUCAUACCUGGUGUGUGGUCCGGUUUAAAGACAGGCCAACGGGGGUGGUGUAUGACGGGGGGUUGGGGUUGCCUUUCCACUACGCGCGUGUUCUAGCACCCCUUGAAGACCUUGAAGAAGUUGUGAAUAUUGUACCCAACCACGGCCGUGGGCGGACUACAUUGGGUUUGAAUGCAGACUCAGACCCAGACUCAAAGGCGGACACGAACCCAGAGACGACUCCCAUUUCCAACACAAACGAUGAUGCGUUCCGCGAGAGGCGGGUGGCUAGGAAGAAACGUGUCGGUCUGGCGCGCGGUGAUGGUCGUAAUGAUGAUGGUCAGAAAGAUGUGAGGCCACCGAAGUUGAGGAGGGUGGAGUACCAGUUCUCUACAGUGGACGACUGGGAGGAGGAGGAGGAGGAGGAGGAGGAGAAAAUGUUGGCUCUGCGGCCGACCAAGGUGGUAUAUAAGGGUGGUUAUGGGUUACCUAACAAGAUUAGAUUAGUGUACGAGCAGAAAUUGACGCGAGAAGAUAUGGAGCAAUCGCUACGCCAUUGCGGCGUGGACAGUGAAACAAAGAUAGUCAACGACCUGGCCGUCAACUAG